AUGGCAGAAGCUAUCUGGACAUUUUCUCAGUCCUUCACGGAACAUUUUCAACAAUUGCGGUCUGAGUUGGAAUCUCGCGUCGAAACUGCUAGAGCGGGACCACCUCCUUCACAGGGAGUUCUCAAUGAACUUUCCAUGUCGCUAGCAAAAGCUACGAAAGCUCUCGCUGAUGCAACUAGGUCCAUACCAAGUUACGAUCAGAAACAAUCUGAGAUUCAAUUGAAAGCGUUAGAGAAAUCCAUCGAAGCUCUACGAGCUUCAUCCGCCCCGAAGUCCAAGUUCGCUUUCAAGCGCAAGGUUGCAUCACCUCCUCACCUACCGUCGACAGCACCCACGAUCGCGGAAGCUUCUAAGGCAGUCGAAACCACAAAUUUGACCCCUUCAACGCAUCCAACUCUCAGCUUUCAUUCCCGCGAGCUUCUCAUAAGAUCUUCUCUCCCGGACCAUCCUCAGCAAACAGACUUGUCAAUUUUUGAUCUGGACCACUGCAUUGUUGACCUUCUCACCAUAGACUCGGAAUAUGCCUCCAAGGAGGAGCUCUCUAUCUCCGCUUUACACGUACGGAACCUAUCGCAUUGUAUUCUUUUAUUGCCUCCUAUCGAUGGAAGCGCUCUGCUCCAUGACAUAUCGCAUUGCACAAUUGUUCUUGGCUGCCAUCAGUUUAGAAUGCACACAUCGCAGAAGAUUGACGUCCUUCUAUCAAUAUCUUCCAAUCCGAUCAUAGAGGAUUGCAACGGCAUCCGGUUUGGCCAGUACCCAGCUACGCUUCUUCGUCGCGAGAAGGACCUCACGUCAUACUCAGUCCAAGACUUUUCUCACAUACGAUCAACACCAUCACCUCAUUUUUCUCUCCUGACACAAGAUGGUCAGGUUGAAGUGGAGAAGAAGGUUUCAUCCGCAAGAACCAUCGACGCCCUGAACGAACUUAAAACCAUUGUACCCCAAUAA